AAUAAGAAAUAUGUUAUUUAUAAUUGUACAUGUGGCAGUGAAAAUACAAGUUUCAUGAUGUAGCUGUUCAAACCAUCCAUAAGAUCAGGUAAAAAAUGCCAUCUGCUGCGAACAAUGUAAAGAACGAUAAAGAUAGUGGUGGGAAAAAAGUAGUGGGAGUAUUAAGUGCCAUUAAUUCCGUUGCUUCCCAGGUCAGUCUCCACUCUCUCUUUUCGCACAGAACGGUUUCUUUCUUCUUAGCAGAAUGUGCAAGUACAGCAUAAUAUCAUGUAUUGUCUUGUUUUAUCUAAUGUGCGUCACACAUGGGAAAUGGAUCGAAAAUGGGAAAACAAACGUAAAAUCCAAUGAAUUUGAUGUCCUGAUAUUUACUCAGCGAUGGCCAUUGACAGUAUGUUUCGAAUGGGAAAACAAGUCGCGGCUAAAUAGCACACAUAGAUGCGUGUUACCAAAACGUAACGAGUGGACCAUUCAUGGAAUUUGGCCUACAAAAUAUAACGUAAUAGGUCCGCAGUUUUGUAAUAGGUCGUUAUCAUUUGAUUCAAAAGCUCUAGCACCCAUAGAAGGAGCAUUAAAAGAAAACUGGAUCGAUAUACAGAAAGGGUCUAAACCUUAUUCGUUCUGGAAACACGAAUGGGAUAAACACGGCACUUGUGCAAUCUCAGUACGAGAUUUAAACAAUGAAUUAAAAUAUUUUCAAACAGGUUUAAAAUUACUCAACAAAUACAAUAUGAUAGACGUACUUACAAAAUCAAAUAUCUUGCCAGGUAACAAAUAUAUGGUACAAAAUUACUUAACGGGAAUUCAAAAGAUAUUAAAUAAAAGGGGACAAGUAAUGUGUGUGGUUGACCAGAAAACGAAAAAUUCAUAUGUGCAUGAGAUAAGAAUUUGUUUUAACAAGGCAUUACAACUGGUAGAUUGUGAUGGCAUAUAUCAUUUUCCUACCAACUGUAAUAGGUCCCAACAGAUAAUAUAUCCUAAUAUCGUACCACGUCACCAAUAUAACGUAAAACUAAUAUAAUGGGCAUUACUGGCUACAUCAUUCCGUCUUCUUCUGAACGAUCACGACUGCUGAGGGUACUAGGCCUGCAAGUAAAAGAAGUGCCAUAUCUUCAAGAAAAGUUUUUAUAUACUAAAUAUGUUAAAUAUAAUCACAAUAACAAUGAAUUAUCACAUUACAGCUGUUAAAAUUGCAUAAUUAAUUAAUAGAAUUGCACUCCUUGCAUCAAUAA